CCGUUGGGCUGAGGCGGGGCGGGGCCGGCGCUCUUGUCGCAGUGAGCGGCGGCGGAGGUGGCUCGUGGAGGCGCGGGCGCGAGCGGCGUGGCGCAGGCCGGUCUCCUUGGGCAGGAGGGGAGGCGGUGUGGGGAGGAGGUGAAAAAGAAUCCCCCGAGUAGCUCGAUGCAGUUAGGUGCGGCCUUCCUCGGUGAUGGAUGGGCAGGCGAGUGGAGCUCCUCCGUUGAGAGCUGGGCACGCGCUGUCCUCAGUGUCCUCUUAAUUUAACGAGCGCGUCUGAGUGCCGGCAGCAGUAAGGGGUUCUCGCUUUUGAGAUGUACGGGCAGGGCUGAGAAGAUUUUGUUCGCUGUAGGACUCAGAGUCGCUUGGAUCUAUCAAAGGGGUGAGUAAACAGGGCUGGGAAUAGCAAAGCGUUUGCGAUCCCAUUUUGACGUCGUGCUUGGGGGCAGCGCAGUUUCUGCCCAUAGAAGCAGGGGGAUUUUGGGCUCCUACAUAGGCCUUUAAAAUGUGUUCUGCUUUGUGGAAGUGCUAAUGCUUUCUUGGUCUGGAAGUUGAGCUCCGUUUCUUCCAGUGCAUCCAAGGAAGGAAUGAGAGGAAGUGAGUAACAGCGAGGCAGAGAUUUGGGAGAGAGUAGGAAUUCGCUGGGAUCCAUUUUGCAAAAACAAAGUCCGUAGAUUUUUUCUCGAGAAAUUUAGCCCGAGUCGAGCUUUCCGCAUGGAUUAUUUGCGGACCCCCUUAUCUCCAUUCCUGUGGGUGAAGGCAGCUCCUGAAAGCCUGGUGAGGAGAGAGAGAAAUAUCCUUGUCCCUGUCUGUCUCAUCCUUGGCCCUGAACACCUUGCCUGCCCUUCCCGGGAUUUCCCUCGCUCCUCGUCAGAGCGCUGAUCUUCCCUCCGCUUGGCCCGAGGGCUGCCCGGCCCCCGGGCUACCAGAAGAGGCCGACAGCCAGGAGCUGUGAGGGAUGGUGCAGAGCUGCUCGCAGACUAGAGAACUGAUGAAAUGCUGCAGCAUGAACCCACCGCCUAGAGGGAAGGGAUCGCACCUCCCCGGCCCCGCUCCCCGAGCCAGGCUCUAAGUCGCCGUCCGGCUCGGAGCCUGCACGGGGGACAGACGCCGGCAGCAGCCCUGCCUCUCCGCCGCACCGGCACCAGCGGGAUGCGCUCACCGCCGUCUUCAUGCCAGAAGGGGGAACUCUGAAUCGCCGCUCCGCGCCCUGCAAGCCCCUCGGGCGAGGCGAGGGGGCGGCUGUCCUCCCGCACCCCGGCCCGGCGCCCGCUGGCAGCCCCUGCCCGCCCUCAGGACCCAGGUCUGCGGCGGGGUCCCGCGGCACGGCCGGAUCCGGAGCCGUUCACGUGUAACCCGCCGGCGGCCCCCCUUGAAGGCGUCCGCCGCAGCCGGCGGUGCGGGGGGUGGAUCCCCGAGCCCUUCGCUGCAGCAGCUGGUGGCAACGCUCGCGGUGGCGGCGGUUCCCGCCCGGUGGCUGCGAUCCCGUGCCCCAUGGUGCUGCUGCGGAAGCUGCCGGGCAUGCCGGGCUGGCCGGCGGCGCUGGGGCUGCGGCUGCCGCAGAAGUUUCUGUUCCUGCUCUUCCUCUCGGGCCUGCUCACGCUGUGCUUCGGGGCCCUCUUCCUCCUGCCCGAUUCCUCUCGCUUCAAGCGCCUUUUCCUGCCCCGCCGGGCCACCGCCUCCUCCUCUUCUUCUUCCUCCGCCUCCUCCUCUUCCACCCGCGACGCUGACCUGCCUCACAGUCCCCCCGCCGCCGCCGAGCCCCGCCACGCCAGCCCCGCCGCCCCCCGCCGCCUGAGGGAGAAGCUCCGCGCGGCCGGCCCGCCUGCCCACACCGCAGCGGCCUCCCGGCAGCAGGUGCAAAGCGACGAGCGGCGACGCGAGCUCGACACGGGGGCGCCCCCCGCCGCCCGGGAGACGCGAGCUCCGUUCCGCUUCGACUACGAGCGCUUUCGCCGAAGUCUUCGCCACCCUGUACGGGGCGGGCAGCCCGGCGAGGACCCUGACACCCGUGGCCGAAGGAUGAAGAUUAAAGAGAUGAUGAAAUUUGCUUGGGAUAACUACAAACAAUAUGCAUUUGGAAAAAAUGAGCUGCGACCACUGACUAAGAAUGGCCACAUUGGUAACAUGUUUGGAGGUCUUCGAGGAGCUACAGUGGUAGAUGCCUUAGAUACUCUGUACAUCAUGGAACUCGAGGAGGAAUUCCAAGAAGCAAAAAAAUGGGUGGAGAAGAGCUUUGACUUGAAUGUGAAUGGAGAAGCGUCCUUGUUUGAGGUGAACAUCCGCUAUAUUGGAGGACUGUUGGCAGCGUACUACUUAACUGGAGAAGAGGUCUUCAGGAGUAAAGCUCUGGAACUUGGAGAGAAACUUUUGCCAGCUUUUAACACCCCCACUGGUAUCCCACGUGGCGUCAUAAAUCUGGGCAGUGGCAUGAGUUGGAGUUGGGGUUGGGCAUCUGCCGGAAGCAGCAUCUUAGCAGAAUUUGGUACCUUGCACUUAGAAUUCCUGCAUCUCACAGAGCUCUCUGGCAACCCGGUAUUUGCGGAAAAGGUGAUGAACAUCCGCAAAGUCCUGAACAGAGUUGAGAAGCCGCAGGGUCUUUAUCCCAACUUUCUCAGCCCGGUGACAGGGAACUGGGUGCAGCACCAUGUCUCUGUUGGAGGGCUCGGAGACAGCUUUUAUGAAUAUCUCAUCAAAUCUUGGCUGAUGUCAGACAAGAAAGACUCUGAAGCUAAAAAGAUGUAUGAUGAUGCAUUAGAGGCAAUAGAAAAACAUUUGGUCAGAAGGUCUGCUGGAGGAUUGACCUACAUUGCUGAAUGGAGGGGAGGCAUCCUGGAUCACAAAAUGGGCCACUUGGCUUGCUUCUCUGGGGGCAUGAUAGCACUUGGAGCUGAACACGCCAGUGAAGAGAGGAAGCAACAUUACAUGGAUCUUGCUGCAGAAAUAACAAACACUUGUCAUGAGUCUUAUGCACGUUCAGAUACCAAACUUGGCCCUGAAGCCUUUCGCUUUGACACUGGAACUGAAGCCAUGGCAACCAGACUCAGCGAGCGCUACUAUAUCCUUCGCCCAGAAGUGGUAGAAAGCUACAUGUACAUGUGGCGACUGACACAUGAUCUCAAGUACAGGCAGUGGGGCUGGGAGGUUGUGAAGGCCCUGGAAAAACACUGUAGAGUAGAAGCUGGUUUUUCUGGCAUCCGAGAUGUUUACACCACAGUCCCAACCCAUGACAACAUGCAACAGAGUUUUUUCCUUGCAGAGACUCUGAAGUACCUCUAUCUUCUGUUCUGUGAAGAUGAUGUGCUGUCCCUGGACGACUGGGUGUUCAACACAGAGGCUCACCCCCUGCCAGUCAACCACACAGACUUUAAAAAUAAAGCAAGUGUGCAGUAGUGAGGCCAUUGCCCAGCACCCUGCUUCUACAGCAUCGGCAGGUUACUGCAUUUCCUUUCCAUUAAAGGAAUUUGUGUUGUUCCUAAAAUGUUAUUUUGGGGCACUAGUCCAAUUCCGGACAGUAUUAUAUUGGGAAGUCGAAACCGUGACAUAAGCACCUUAUUUUCCUCUGUGAGGAGCUCUAUUAGCCUGAUAAUGAGAUGUUUAUUCUGGGCCAUACUGUACACAGUUCAUAGACAUUCCUUUAUACAGAGAAUUUAUAUGAAAUCCACAGACUUUGCUUUAUAGUGGCCAAAGGACUGGAAGUUUGCCAUAAAAUAGACUUCCCCGCAACACACACACCCCUCCUUUCAUUUUUCUUUUUCAUUUUUUCCUUUUAUAUACUGUUGGAUUUAUCACCUUUCUAAUUAACAGUUUUCAAUAUACUGUGCUUUCUAGAUGGUGUCAAAAUUGUAACUAAAUCAAAACCUGUCAGUAAAUUUCUUGAUCCUAAUGUAUUUUUAUAUAUUUUUUCUGUGCUCUGAAAACACAUUUACCACACAUCAUAUCUCAUUUAACUUUCCCUUAGUGUUUUUGUGUUUUUCUACUUUUAUUUGGAACUAAAUGUUAUGAGUCACUUGUAAUACUUUCACUGCUGUAAUAGUCAAAUCUGUGAAAGAGAAUAAAAGUAUUGUAAAAUAAAAA